GCCACAGUCCCCCCGAAGCCCGUAUAGCUUAGCGAGCGCGGAAAAGCAGAUGCCCAUUCCCAUUGCAUAGCGGUAGCGAGCGGCGCCACGCUCAAAAGCACAAAUCGCUUUCCGCGCCGCCGCCGCCGACCGACCGCUCCUCACCCUCUCGCGCCGCACCUGUCGUGUCCCCCUUGCUAAACCCUGCUUGAGCCCUAGCCACCGGCCGCCUCCGGGAGUGAGAGAGCAUGCACGCCAGGCUCCUCAGCGUGCCGUCCCCUGCCUCCACCGCCCCUUCCUCCUCGUCCCCCUACCUCCCCUCCGCGUCCGGGGGCGCCCGCCCGCGCCGCGCGUCCUGGAAGCCGCGGGGCCCCGCGUCCGCGUCUGCGCCGCCGCCGCCGCCGCUCCUCUCGUUGCGCGCCCGGGCAUCCAUGCAGCCCGCCGCGCUCCCGCACGACGGGCAGGGUGGUCCGCCGGUGCACGGCGUCUGCAACACCGUCGUCGGAGUCCUCGGGGGAGGCCAGCUCGGGAAGAUGCUAUGCCAGGCGGCGAGCCAGAUGGGGAUUAGAAUCGUCAUCCUCGACCCCCUUCCGGGCUGCCCCGCGAGCUCGGUUUGUGAUGAGCACGUCGUCGGGAGCUUCACUGAUGGGGACACGGUCCGGGAGUUCGCCAAGAAGUGUGGGGUCCUAACAGUAGAGAUUGAGCAUGUUGAUGCCGCCACACUUGAGAGGCUGGAAAAACAGGGUGUUGACUGCGAGCCUAAAGCCUCCACAAUCAUGAUUAUUCAGGACAAGUACAGGCAGAAAAGGCAUUUCUCAAAAUGUGGGAUCCCAUUGCCUGACUUCAUGGAAGUAGAUACUUUACACAGUAUAGAGGAAGCUGGGGAAAAGUUUGGUUAUCCCCUAAUGGUAAAAAGCAAGAGAUUAGCAUAUGAUGGUCGAGGCAAUGCUGUAGCCAAGACCAAAGAGGAGCUAUCUUCUGUUGUUGCUUCACUGGGUGGGUUUGAGCAUGGCUUGUAUGUUGAGAGGUGGACUCCUUUCGUAAAGGAGCUUUCUGUAAUUGUGGCAAGGAGCAGAGACAGCUCUACUGUCUGCUAUCCUGUUGUUGAAACAAUUCACAAGGAAAACAUAUGUCAUGUUGUUGAAGCACCUGCUGAGGUAUCUGACAAAAUAAAGAAGUUGGCUACUAGCGUGGCUGAAAAAGCUAUCAAGUCAUUAGAAGGAGCUGGUGUUUUUGCUGUAGAGUUAUUUUUAACAGAAGAAGAUCAGAUUUUAGUGAAUGAAGUAGCCCCUAGGCCUCACAACAGUGGGCAUCACACAAUAGAGUCAUGCUACACCUCACAAUAUGAGCAGCAUUUACGUGCUAUUCUUGGCCUUCCUCUUGGUGACCCCUCAAUGAAAGCACCUGCAGCAAUAAUGUACAACAUCCUGGGUGAGGAUGAGGGUGAGACAGGAUUCUAUCUGGCUCAUCAGCUUAUCAGGCGGGCACUAAACAUUCCAGGCGCAUCAAUCCAUUGGUAUGCAAAGCCAGAGAUGCGGAAGCAAAGGAAGAUGGGUCAUAUUACAAUUGUGGGGUCUUCUAAGACAAGUGUAAAAUCACGCUUGGAUAAUUUGCUGCAAAGCAACUCGUCUGAUCCCAAGCAAGUUAGCCCUCGUGUCGCUAUUAUAAUGGGAUCUCAGUCUGAUCUUCCUGUGAUGAAAGAUGCUGAGAGGGUUUUGAAAGAGUUCAACAUAUCUUAUGAGCAAACUAUUGUUUCUGCACAUCGUACACCAGAGCGGAUGUAUGAUUAUGCGAAAUCGGCUAAAGACAGAGGUUUUGAGGUCAUAAUUGCAGGUGCAGGUGGAGCAGCUCAUUUACCAGGGAUGGUAGCUUCAUUGACCUCUCUUCCAGUAAUUGGUGUUCCCAUCAAGACUUCAACACUAUCAGGAUUUGAUUCCCUCCUAUCUAUUGUGCAAAUGCCAAAAGGUAUUCCUGUUGCGACUGUUGCUAUCGGGAAUGCAGAAAAUGCAGGUUUGCUGGCAGUUAGGAUUCUGGCCGCAAGAGAUCCGGAGCUUUGGGACAGGGUAACUAAGUACCAAAAUGAUCUGAGGGAUAUGGUUUUGGAGACAGCAGAAAGGCUGGAGGACCUAGGUUCGCAGGAAUUUCUGAAGGGAAUGGCUUGACCACUUGAAGCCUUGGCUGGGACGAAUAUAUAUGGAUGGCGAUAGCUCCCUGCCCACUUUCAUUCAGCGUCGAUCAGCGCGGAUAGCUGGAUCAUAGUCACAAAGUUUCUGGGUCGAUAGGGUCGUGGUACGUGGUACACUACUUGUGAGAAAUUUUUACACUUCGGGUCGAAAAUGAACCUGUGAACCUGGGUCGAGGGUCGAAGGCGGUGAACCCGUUUUAUGUGACUGAGCUGGAUAUGGUCCAAGAUUGGGAGUGGUCCUGAAGAUCCUUACAUGUUUGGGCCGCAGUUCGAUUUUCCUCACAAUUCUUUUUGGUUAUUGUGCUAUCUUAGGAAUUUGUCAACUCAUCCGUAAUAUAUGUUCAGUAUCACCAUAGUUUUAAUACGUA